UCCCGGGAGAGGAGGCGGCGACGCGGAGGGCCGCGGGAUCAGGGGCCCUGGGAGGGCGAGCGCGGCGAGGGGCGCAUGCAGUGCCCCGACGCGCCACUGCUCCUGAGCGCGGGGGAGCUGGGGCCCGGGCGCCGGGGCUCGGCCUCCUGGUACCGCCAGGAGGGCGGCGCGGUGUGCAACUGGCUGCGGAAGCCGCAGCCGCUCGAGCCACGCACCAGUUUCCCCUCGGCGCGCCGCUCCGAGUUCCGUCCACCCAGGAGGCUGCCAUGGGCCGGCCCUGCCUCUGCCCAGUCCGAGGAGGGUCACGCAGGCGGCAGAUGCCAGGCGGGCAGCCCCGCCCCUGCGCGCCGCCUCAGCGGCGCCUUCGAGACGCUGGUCCCAGGCACCCACGCCCAGGGCGCCUCGGAUACCCACCCCCUCGGCCCCCCGCACACCCCGGUCCUCGAUGACCGCUCUCCGCAGGAUGGUUUCCCGGUCCUCUGGCGAGGAUCCUCCAAGGCGUCUCACAUGAACCGGCUCAGAAACGCCAAAAUCUACGUGGAGAGAGCUGUCAAGCAGAAGAAGAUCUUUACAAUCCAAGGCUGCUACCCGGUGAUCCGGUGUCUCUUGCGCCGGAGGGGCUGGGUGGAGAAGAAGAUGGUCCAUCGCUCAGGCCCCACCCUACUGCCACCCCAGAAGGAUCUGGAUAGCUCAGCAAUGGGUGACAGUGACACCACUGAGGAUGAGGAUGAAGAUGAGGACGAGGAGUUCCAGCCAUCACAGCUGUUUGACUUCGAUGAUUUACUGAAAUUUGAUGACCUAGAUGGAACACAUGCUCUGAUGUCCCGCAUGGUUCAGAAUGAGACCCCCUACUUCAUCUGGACCACUCGGCGGGAUGUGCUCGACUGUCGCUUCCUCUCCAAGGAUCAGAUGAUAAACCACUACGCCCGGGCUGGCUCCUUUACCACAAAGGUGGGUCUAUGUCUCAAUCUCCGGAAUUUGCCGUGGUUUGAUGAGGUUGAUGCCAACUCCUUCUUCCCACGCUGCUACCGCCUGGGGGCUGAGGAUGACAAAAAAGCCUUCAUAGAGGACUUCUGGCUGACUGCUGCCCGCAACGUUCUCAAGCUGGUGGUGAAGUCUGAGUGGAAGUCAUACCCUAUUCAGGCAGUAGAGGAAGAGGCCUCAGGAGACAAGCAGCCCAAGAAACAGGAGAAAAACCCAGUGUUGGUGUCCCCAGAGUUUGUGGAUGAAGCUCUGUGUGCGUGCGAGGAGUACCUUAGCAACUUGGCCCACAUGGACAUCGACAAGGACCUGGAGGCCCCACUGUACCUCACCCCCAAGGGCUGGUCCCUCUUCCUCCAGCGCUACUACCAAGUGGUCCACGAAGGGGCAGAACUCAGGCACCUCGACACUCAGGUCCAGCGCUGUGAGGACAUCCUGCAGCAGCUGCGGGCCGUGGUACCCCAGAUAGACAUGGAAGGGGAUCGCAACAUCUGGAUCGUGAAGCCAGGAGCCAAGUCCCGCGGACGAGGCAUCAUGUGCAUGGACCACCUGGAGGAGAUGCUGAAGCUGGUGAACGGCAACCCCGUGGUGAUGAAGGACGGCAAGUGGGUGGUGCAGAAGUAUAUUGAGCGGCCCCUCCUCAUCUUUGGCACCAAGUUUGACCUCAGACAGUGGUUCCUGGUAACUGACUGGAACCCACUUACCGUGUGGUUCUACCGCGACAGCUAUAUCCGCUUUUCCACGCAGCCCUUCUCCCUGAAGAACCUGGACAACUCAGUGCACCUGUGCAACAACUCCAUCCAGAAGCACCUGGAGAACUCAUGCCAUCGGCAUCCACUGCUUCCGCCAGACAACAUGUGGUCUAGCCGGAGGUUCCAGGCCCACCUGCAGGAGAUGGGUGCCCCAGAUGCUUGGUCCACCAUCAUCGUGCCUGGCAUGAAGGAUGCUGUGAUCCACGCACUUCAGACCUCCCAGGACACCGUGCAGUGUCGGAAGGCCAGCUUUGAGCUCUAUGGCGCUGACUUCGUGUUCGGGGAGGACUUCCAGCCCUGGCUGAUUGAGAUCAACGCCAGCCCCACGAUGGCACCCUCCACAGCAGUCACUGCCCGGCUCUGUGCUGGCGUGCAAGCUGACACCCUGCGCGUGGUCAUUGACCGGAGGCUGGACCGCAACUGUGACACAGGAGCCUUUGAGCUCAUCUAUAAGCAGCCUGCUGUGGAGGUGCCUCAAUAUGUGGGCAUCCGGCUCCUGGUAGAGGGCUUCACCAUCAAGAAGCCCAUGGCGAUGUGUCAUCGGCGGAUGGGGGUCCGCCCAGCAGUCCCUCUGCUGACCCAGCGAGGCUCUGGGGAAGCCCCUCACCACUUCCCCAGCCUCCACACCAAGGCCCAGCUGCCUUCUCCCCAUGUACUCCGACACCAGGGCCAGGUCCUCAGACGACAGCACAGCAAGCUGGUGGGCACUAAGGCCCUGUCGACCACAGGCAAGGCCUUGAGGACUCUACCCACGGCUAAGGUCUUCAUUUCCCUCCCACCUAACCUUGAUUUCAAGGUGGCACCCAGCAUCCUGAAGCCAAGAAAGGCUCCUGCUCUCCUGUGCCUCCAAGGCCCCCAGCUGGAAGUGCCUUGUUGCCUCUGCCCUUUGAAGUCGGAACAAUUCCUAGCACCUGUCAGAAGGUCAAGGCCAAAGGCAAAUUCAAGGCCAGACUGUGACAAACCCAGGGCUGAGGCCUGCCCCAUGAAGAGGCUGAGCCCCCUGAAACCCCUGCCCCUUGUUGGUACAUUCCAGAGGCGCAGGGGCCUGGGGGAUAUGAAGCUAGGGAAGCCCUUGCUUCGAUUCCCCACUGCCCUUGUCCUGGAUCCAACACCAAAUAAAAAGAAACAAGUGAAGUAUUUGGGGCUUGACUCCAUUGCUGUUGGAGGGUCAAGAGUGGGUGGGGUGAGGCCGUGUACCCCAGGGUCCACAGCAAGAGCCUGAGGCCAUCAGCAGCUCCUCCGUGCAGCGAGGCCCAGAAUUCCCACCUAAGGACAGACAUGGGGCUUCCUAUUUAGGGACUCCCCCAGCAUCUCCGAUCCAGGGGUGGGGAGCGUGAGCCUUCACUUUACAGAUGAAGAAACUGAGUCUGAAAGAGGAGGCAUGGCUUACCCAAGAUCACGUGGCAGUGAGUCGACGCAGGGACAUAUUGCCAGAACUGCCGAGCACUGGGAGCCCCCCAACCCCAGAGAACAAGCCAAGCUAGCAGAAUGACACCUACCGGGCAUAGGAACGUUAAUGCCAUGAGGCAGGGGAAGGAAUUGGCCUUGCCUAAACCUCAGCCCUUCUGCAGAGGGCAUGGGUCUAUCCCUUCUUCAGCAAGGGGCCAAGGUCACCUAAAAAUGAAACAUCCAAUAAGCCACACCCACAUGAAGAAAAGUGUGGCACUGCUUAGUUGUAGUGGGUUGAAUUGUGGUCCCCUGAAAAGAGAUGUCUACUUGGACCCUGUGAAUGUGACCUUAUGUGGGAAAAGAGUCUUUGUAGCUGGGUAUGGUGGCUCACACCUGUCAUCCCAGCACUUUGAGAGGCCAAGGCAGGAGAUCGCUCGAGCCCACAAGUUUAAGACCAGUCUGGGCAACAUGGUGAAACCGUUUCUACAGAAAAUUAGCUGGGUGUGGUGGCACACACCUGUAGUCCUAGCUACUCGGGAGGCCUAGGUGGGAGGAUUACCUGAGCCUGGGAAGAUCAAAACUGUGGUGAGCUGUGAUCAUGCCACUGCGCUCUGAGCCUGGGAGACAGAGUGAAACCCUAAAUCAAAAAAAAAAAAAAAAGGUCUUUGCAGAUGUAAAUAAAUUUAAGAUCUUAAAUGAGA